AUGAGGCCUCUGCUCGGGCUUCUCCUCGUCCUCGACCUCGCCUCCGUGUUCCUCUUCUCCGGCAUUGUCUUCGGCUGGGCCCCGUUCAACGCGAUCCUCAUUGAGGAGGGCUUCUACGCGUCGCUCUGUACCGAUUCAGCGCAGCCACCGCCGUGCGAGGCGCAGGCGAAUGCGCUCAAUCUGGCGUUCACGAUAGGUUCCACCGCGGUGUCUUUCGUGGCCGUGCCUGCUGGCAUGCUGGUUGACAGCUUUGGCCCCGCGGUCGGGACGCUGGUCGCUGGAAUUAUCGAGAUCUCAGGUCUCAUCGGCAUCGCCCUGUGUGAGCCAGUCUGGCGCGCCACCGGCUUCGACCUGUUCCUCGUGUCGGUGGUUUUGAUCGCGAUCGGCGGCUCGCUCACCAUGUUUAACGCGUACUCGACCCCCUUCCUCUUCAAGCGGCGCAUGAACGUGGUCGUCGAGCUCACCGCAUGCCUCUUUGACGGCAGCUGCAUAAUCUUCACCUUCUUCAAGCUCGCUUAUGAAGCUGGCGUCCCCUUCAACAUGCUCUGGUGGGGCUUUGUCGGCCUCGCCGCCGCGGUCUACUCCCUCUUGCUCCUCGCGUGGGUGCUCAACGCAAAGCAGCUCCAGGCCUCUCGGGGUGGGCGUGGGGACGACGCGGCGACGCUGGACACGGCGCUGGCCGACGCGGGCGAGGCGUCUGCACCCGAGAGCACGCCCACAGAGCUCGCGGCGAAGCCAUUGCUGCAGCAGGUGCGCAGCCUCGAGUUUGCGACGGUGUGCCUCUUUGCGACGGUGCAGGUGACGCGCUCGAACCUCUACCUCGGCUCGGUCGACCUGACCAACCGCGAGUACGCCAGCAGCAACGGCUGGCCAGAGGGCGCGCUGGAGUCGACAACCUCGCUCGUCGGGCUGAUUGUGCCGUUUGGCUUCAUCGCUGUGCCCUUCAUCGAGGCCUCGAUCCACCUCACCGGCCUCAUCGGCACCUUCCUCGUCACGUCGGCGCUGGGCGUCCUCUUCUCGUGCCUCCAGCUCCUCCCUUCGCAGGCGGCGCAGGUCGGCGGCGCGGUCGUCUUCGCCGCCUUCCGCGCAUUCCUCUUCUCCACCCUCGCGGCCUUCAACGGCGCCACCUUCGGCCCCAGCUCGAUGGGGCGCAUCAUGGGCCUGUGCAUGUUCGUCUCGUCGCUCGUCAACCUUUGCCAGGCGCGGCCGCCUGCUCGCGGAUCCCGCCCGACUAGAGCGCCGCUCGUCCGCCUCGCGCUCUCGAUGGGCAACUUCCGCCCUCUCCUCAUCUACUCGACCCUCGCCUCGGCUCCGCCCACGCUGCUGUGGCUGCUCGUCGCGGCUGCUCUGCAGCGUGAUGGCUGGAGGGACUGCGAGGCCGGCGGCAGCGGAAGGGGACAGGCUGGGCACGAGCCAGGAACAGGCUGGCCAGGCUACGGCAUAUUCGUAUACGGCGCCAGCGGCUUCAUCGCUCCUGUCGAGGAGCAGGCGCCGAUGCUCUCGCACUCGAUCGUGCCGUACUGUGCGACGCUGCGCUCGCUGGUCUUUGCCGCCUUCAACCUGCUGUUUGGCAAGGCGAUGCUGCGGUCGGCGUCGCCCCAAACGCUCGUCCUCAUCGGCACCGGCUCGUUUGGCGUCGGCAUCGCGACCACGGCGGCGUCGGUCGCGGGGUCGCCACUGGAGUCGGCUCUGGCCUCGUCUAUAUGUCCAUCUUCACACCGACGCUGGCGUGGGGGCCUGAUUGGGAGCUGCUGGGGCUGGGGGGCCCUCGUGACCUGGCCGCCAGGGGGAGGCCCUCCCGCCGCCGCCGCGACGCGCGGCCGCUGCGGCCUCUUUGCGGACUGCGACGCAAAGCUGCUGCUGCUGUGGUGCGUCAACCUGAUCGGCAUGGCGUCGGGGUUUGGCGUCUUUACCGCUCUCCUCGCGCCCGCCGACGGCGCCGCUGCGGCGCACACGCUGAAUGCGACGGCGGGGACGGCGGAGGCGGAGGCGGAGGCGGAGGCGCGUGCGCCGGCGUCGGUGGUGGCGGCGGUGUCGAUCUUUUGCACGUCAGUGAUCAUGGUGGCACGCCCUCUCUCGGGGGCGCUCUACGACCGCGUCGGGCCGCGCCGCUUCCUCACUGGCCUCCAGCUGGCGCAGCUGGCGGUGCACGCGCUGCUGGUCGCGCAACAAGCCACGCGCAUCGGUGGGCUGUGGCUGCCGCCGCUGCUCAUCUCCUGCCUCUUCGGCUGCUUCGCGGCGGCGGCCCUCUCCGCCGCGCUGAUGGGCCUGCUGAUGGAUGUCCACGCGGCGGCGUUGUCCGACGCCCCUUCGACGGAGGCACCGGCAGAGACGCCUGCAGAGAGGUCGGAAGCGGUCUUCGCGGCAUCGGCAGCGGGGGCGGCAGAGCUGACGACGGCGGGGGCGGCUCUCGGCGCGCUGCAGUCGUUCGCCGCGAUCAUGGCGGCGUUGCAUGCGCUCUCGCUUGCCCUCGCAGGUCGCUUGCUGCUGCUCUGCGCGCGCUCGAGCAGCGAGGGCGUGGGAGGCCCUCUGCGGGCGCGACGCACCGAGCAGAGCGCCGGAGGCGCGCUGCGGCAGCAGGAGGAGGCGGCGGGGCGGGGCGAGACGGAGCUGACGGCAGCUGCGGAAGGCAGCGGCCCGAAGGCGCCCAGUCGAGGCGCGUCGUGCGCCCGCGCCGCGGCUGCCGUGCAGGCGGACGUGGUCACAGAGAGCGACGUCGCGACUGUCAGGACUUUGCGCGUCUGAUGACGUGUGUGGUUGUGGAAUGACAUGUCAGAAUGCCGUAAGGUAUGUAGCGAGCGGCGGUCGCCCAGGGUCGGGUUGCCGUAGAUGGUAGUGCUCGACGACACAUGUCGAAGCAGUGGCUGAGAGCUGAGUACAGGUCUUCUAGGUACGACUGGCCUCACGACUGGAUGGCCGAAGCGGGGACUUGGUCUUCUAGGUACUUGGUCUUCUACACAACACAUACGGCUUUAUAGCCUACUGGGCUGGGUUU